AUGUCGAACCCCCGCGUUGAAGAACUUCCCGACGAGGAGCCCAAGAAGACCACCGUCCAGGAGCACGAGGAUGACUCCAGCGACGACUCCGAGGUCGAGGAGGUCGGCGAGGGCCAGCUCCCCGCUGGUUCUACUGUGAUCCACAACCGCAACGAGAAGAAGGCUCGCAAGGCCCUCGAGAAGCUGCACCUCACCCGCAUCCCUGGCAUCACCCGUGUCACUCUCCGACGACCUAAGAACAUCCUCUUCGUCAUCAACAACCCCGAGGUCUACAAGUCUCCCAACAGCAACACCUACAUUGUUUUCGGUGAGGCCAAGAUUGAGGAUGUGAACGCCGCUGCUCAACAAGCUGCUGCUGCUCAGCUCGCCUCCGCCAACGCUGAGGACCACUCUGGCCACAACCACGGUGAGCCCAGCAAGGCUGCUGAGACCGCUGAGGAGAAGAAGGACAAGGAGGAGGAUGAAGAGGAGGAGGAGGAUGACGACGAGGAGGUCGACGCUUCCGGACUCGAGGAUAAGGAUAUUGAGCUUGUCAUGACCCAGGCCAACGUCAGCCGCAACAAGGCCGUCAAGGCGUUGAAGGAGAACGACAACGAUAUUGUCAAUUCCAUCAUGGCUCUAAGUAUCUAA